UUAUUUCAAAACCAAUUAAGAGUUUAGCCUUACCCAAAAAUACUUACACACCUUAACUAUCCUUUGGUUCUUUUCACUUCAACGACAUGUCUCCUUUUCAGUUCUUGCUAUCCUGUGCUUCUUUAGCACUUGUAGCUUCAUCAAUGGCUUCUGCUGCAAUUGUCGAACAUUCUUUCGAAGUUAAAAACCUAACUGGCCGGAAACUGUGCAAUGAGCAAGUGAUAACGGCGGUAAACGGAAGCUUACCUGGCCCUACUAUACGCGUUAGAGAAGGCGACAUUCUUAUUGUUCAUGUCUACAAUAAGUCUCCAUAUAAUCUCACCAUUCAUUGGCAUGGAAUAUUUCAAAAACUCAGUGGCUGGGCAGAUGGACCUAAUAUGAUAACUCAAUGUCCAAUAAUGCCUGGAAAUAAAUAUACAUAUAAAUUUAAAGUCAUCAACCAAGAAGGUACUCUUUGGUGGCAUGCUCACGUUUCAACUCUCCGAGCAACGGUCUACGGAGCGCUCAUUAUCCGUCCAAGGUCCGGCCAACGCUACCCGUUCCCUAAACCUGAUAGAGAAGUUCCCAUCUUAUUAGGAGAGUGGUGGAAUGCUAAUGUUAUCGACUUGGAAAACCAAGCACUUGCUACCGGAAACGCACCUGCAAAUUCAGAUGCUUACACCAUUAAUGGAAGGCCUGGUGAUCUCUACAAUUGCUCCCAAAAUCAGAUAUACAAGCUUAAGGUGGAGAAAGGAAAAACCUAUCUUCUACGAAUAAUCAACGCUGCACUCAAUAAUCAACUUUUCUUCAAGAUAGCCAAUCAUAAGAUGACAGUUGUCGCUGUAGAUGCUGCCUACACUACUCCUUACGUCACCGACGUCGUUGUCACUGGUCCCGGCAUGACGACCGACAUUCUUCUCACCGCCGACCAACCAGUUGGAUCUUACUACAUGGCGGCCAGCCCAUACGCUAGUGCUCCUGGGGUACCGUUCAACAACUCAACCACUAGAGCCAUCCUAGCUUAUGAAGGCUCCACGGCGGCAACCCCCAUUAUGCCACUAAUGCCUGCCACCAAUGACACGCCGACCGCCCAUAAAUUCUACAGCAAUCUAACUGGUCUAGCUGGUGGACCACACUGGGUCCCGGUGCCACGUCAUAUUGAUGAGCACAUGUUUAUCACAGUUGGACUUGGACUCGAAGCUUGUGGAACGAACGCCACGUGUCAAGGUCCAAAUCAGCAACGAUUUUCUGCAAGCAUGAACAACCAUUCGUUCCAGCAACCAACAAGCUUGUCGAUGUUGCAAGCCUUCUUUUUCAACGUCGCCGGAAUCUACACACCUAAUUUCCCCGAUAAACCACCGGUGAAAUUCGAUUAUACAAACACAAACUUAAGCAACAAUGCUUCUCUGCUAUUUGCACCUAAAGCAACAAGCGUAAAGGUACUGAAGUAUAAUUCAACGGUCCAGAUUGUUCUGCAAAACACAGCGUUGCUUGCGGUGGAGAAUCAUCCAAUACACCUUCAUGGUUUUAAUUUCCAUGUAUUGGCUCAAGGAUUUGGAAAUUAUGAUCCUGUAAAUUCCCCUAAAAAGUUCAAUCUUGUUAAUCCACAAGAACGCAACACCAUCGGUGUUCCUGUCGGAGGAUGGGCCGUCAUAAGAUUCAGAGCCAAUAAUCCAGGUGUAUGGUUCAUGCAUUGUCAUCUAGACGUGCAUUUGCCUUGGGGAUUAGCGACGGCUUUUGUUGUUAAGAAUGGACCGACUCCGGGGUCUACCUUGCCGCCGCCACCGGCUGAUUUGCCAAAGUGUUAAGAGUUGUUAAUUUGCAAUUGAUGAUCUGUGUCGACGUUGAGUGGAACUUUUAUUCUUUUAACGAGUUUGUAUUUAUUUUCAAAUGCAAAAUUGAUUUUAAUUAAUUGUUUGAUUGGUUGGUACAGAUUAAAGUCUUUUGUAAUAAUGUAAUGUUAUCAGUCCAUUCUUUGUCAAUUAAUUGUACCAAGUUCCAAUUGUUUGAUGUAGUCUAUUUAUUUUUUUCUAAGAAUAAAAUACUACGGUCUAUUUUUAUUUUUGA